UAGUUACGGUUGUAUCUGCGUCCAUCACACAUCUUUUCGCCUUCUUCUCACAUCUGCCCUUGAGCGCAUCCAAGCCGCGGAGCCUUCUCACGGGCUACUUCGGCGCGUGUGGCGCGGAGAAGAAGAAGCAUGUCCACGAGAUCGCUGCGGCACAGAUCGAGCCGCUACUCGAGUCCCGCCACGUUCGGCGAGAAGGAUGUUACGCCCAAGCCCGUCGAGGCUUCGGUGACAAGAAAUGGCCAACAGACGAAUCUCGACACCUGGAUCGAGCCUACUGUGCGGACUGCGGUCCCGAGUUUCGAAGACACCAAAGGGCUGGAACGAGUCGGCGUACUGGAAAACAUGCAGCCGCUCGGUGUGCCUCCUACCCAGCGCAUGCUACAAAAGCUGAAAGUGACCAACUAUGUGCGGCCGUCGCCCAGACCGACACCUGUGCAGGCAGAGGAGGUUUCGUCGACGUCGGCGGACCCUGAAAAGAUGGAUGUUGCUUCACCCCUGGAACCCGAAAUCAUGUCAGAUAAUACGCCGGAAUUGCCUCAACAGUCAGAUACGGUGGUGUUUUCGAGUCCUCCGCGUGGCCGACCGCCUCGGAAAGAAGUGGCAGAGAUGUCGCAAGUUAUGACUUCCUCACCUUCGCCGGCAAAAUUGCACAACGCCCAAGCCGGCUACACACAACCCAAACCUCCGUCGAUACAAGAACAUUUGCGGCGAGAUCGGCUUCAAAAUCAUCUCGAGCGCGCAUUGCAGGAAGCUCAGGACAAGGACUCCUCAGAUCUGGUUCCCGGAUUGCAAAAGCUCCGUGAGGAUGCUCAAGUGAUGCCUGAAUUGUGGAAUGUCGUGGAGGCGGUUGUUCAGCAAUCACCCAGCCCUGCUCAAUUCAAAGUCUUCAAACGAUACAUUAAAUCUGGUGUCAGAAAGCACCGACGAUCAAGUCAGAUAUCAGUCAGUCCUUAUCAGUCCUCUUCUCGUCGACGCAGCGCCAUCACUUCUCCCCGCUCAUCAAAACAUACUCAACCUGAUCUCGGCUCAAAGACUCCUUCACAACCGUCCAACCCCCGAAUCUCACUCUAUUUUAAUAUGAAUCGGGCCUCAGCGGCUGCGCAGGCUGAUGAUACGAUUGUUGUUGCCUCACCGAGCUCUCGCAAUCUGAACUCGCUCGAUCCGUCAUUGCGAACUCAAUCUCUUCUGCCCACUCCAUCGCCUAACAAGCGGAAGCGCGGACGCAGCGUAUCAAGUGAUUCAUCACUCUCAUCAGCCAAGUCAUUUCCUGAUGAUUACGCUCCUCCUAUGGCCCGUGUGCCUGGUGGUGAUGAUGGCCGGCGCUCCAGGUCGGUCAGCCAUCGCCAAGCCGCAAACCGGGCUGUGACGGGCAGCCGACUUCGUUCAGCUGCGAGUGCGACAUACCGUGAAGCUAGCGGCAGUCAAUCGCUUCUCGAUCCAACUCCUGUGCCCAGAGGCACCUCUAGGAAAUCACAGAAAACUCGAGACGAAGUGGAAUUUGAUAUUGACGAGCUCAGCCAGCGUAAACGGGAUUUCCUCAAAGAAAGCUUUCAUGAUUACAAUCAAAUUCCUCGACCUGAAAGUGACGAACGCGAACUGGUUCACGGCCACCCUGAUGUCCCUGACCCGGAUGAGAGACCUCCACCGCCCGUGGUCCAUCCUAAUGGCUUAGCAACUUCCAGCGCUGUGCUUUCUUCUCCGGUGACAGUGCCGCCUGAUACCAUCUUGGUCAAUGGAAACAGUCGCAGAAGAUACAAAGCCUACAAUGAUCCCGAUACAGACGAUAUCGACACUGCAACCUCGAUAUCAUCAUCACCCGGACCAGCCUUUGUACCACCUCCGCCACCGGGAGUGGCCAAUGCGAUGUCUAGAGGUGCAACUCCAAGAGCUGCCAGAUUUCCACCACUUCAAAAGGGCACUCGAAAGUCUGCGCGUGUGAUGGUUUCACCCAACAAGCCUAAAAAUGGUGGUAUUACCGCAGGGGUUUCACGUGCGGGGCCUUCUCGAGAUGUUGCGAUCGGCAACGGCGCGGAUUCGGGAGCUGAAGUGGACAACGACGAAUAUUGUGCAUCGUGUGGUGGCGAAGGAAAACUUCUUUGCUGCGAUGGUUGUACAAACUCGUUCCAUCAUGCCUGUUUGGAGCCGCCUUUGAAUGCCGAUGAUGAGGUCGAAGGCGAAUGGUUCUGUCCUCAAUGUGUUGCAAAGCGAUCCAGAUCAACAACAACCAAGCCGACGGGACUUCUCGGAACCCUCAUUAGCCGAGUCGAUGACACCAUACCAAAGGCUUUUGCACUCCCACAUGAUGUCCGGGAAUAUUUCGAAGGCGUCAAGACUGGCGAAGAGGGUGAAUACGAAGACGUUGCACUGCCGCGGACCCAGAACAAUGCCGUCAAGAUGAAUCGGGCUGGUUUCAUCGAAGAGCCCAAUUACAAAGAAACUCGCGACGGCAAAGGAAACCUCAUCAUCUGCUAUCAUUGUGGUCACACCUCCAAUGGGCGCGACAUUAUCCCCUGCGACUUUUGUCCCGCUAAAUGGCAUCUGGACUGUGUCGAUCCGCCACUUGCUAUCCCUCCACGACGUCGAGCUGACUGGAAGCCGAGCUCGUCCUGGCGAUGCCCAUUGCACAUCGAGCAUGAUCUGGCAGCUCUUGGUCGCCAAGCUGAAGCCGCUCCGGGCGAUAUGGGACGUCUGCCACGUCUGCGCAAGCCGAAGAACGCUAUACCAUUGGACGUUCCCGUCGCUCGUGGAUUCAGAAACAAUGGCAUCAUCGAAGUUGAGCUCAUGAAGGAUGAAAGCCUUGAUAGAACGAAAGAAUUCAACAUGGAGGGCAAAAUAUAUCGUGUUCCCGAAAAAGCGAUUCGACUCGAUUUUAUUGAUCGCGUCAAGAAGAGUUGGUAUGAGGAUCAUCAAUUCCCCCGAAUCUUGGAUGCUCCGAUGAAGAUUCGCGACAAGAAAUACCGUCUGAAUGGUGCCGUCUUGCACCAUCCUCCACAAGAGACAGUGAUCACGAUGAAAGAACCCGACUUCUGGACUGGCGCGAGUGCACUAGCAAUCACAGAAACCGCAAAGGCUAACGCUGCUCUUCGAAACCGUUCCAUUCAGGAACAACAGACCGUCUUAUCGCUUGCCGACUUGUCUGGCAAGGGUAUCGAUGGCUAUUCUGGAAACCCGUUGGCAGAGUUGACGAAUCGACUCAUCAGCGAAGCACCCCAGGAGGUGAUUGAGUCUGUUGAGCGUAACGAGCUCAAUCAACUACUUCGUCUACAAGAUCUCAUCAACAAAAGACUUGCUGUUUUGGGAGGCCGCACCUCUGCAUCUCCUGCCACAGCAGAAUCCCCAGUGCCCAACGGAACAGAUUCUACGUACAACGCAACGUCGAAGAUGUUGGGAACGAAAUUGAUCAAUGGAGAUACGCCUCAGGAAUACCCUCAUGGGCCUACCGAUGGCACUGCUAAUCGAGAGGAAGAUGAUGCCGACAACGAAAUGGAGAUGUCGCCCUGAGGUCUUUGCUCAAACAACGCUAGUCAUUUAAUUUCUCCAAACGUUCGUUCAGUGCAAAGGGAUAGGACAACAUGUGCUCCAAGUUGAAUAAAGCAAUCACCAUGUCAAGGAUUGUGCCACACUUGCAACACCUUUUGCAUCGGAAGCUGUUGUUGCACCUACCUUGCUGAGAGUCAUCUUCGAUGAAGCCUUUGUUGUUGAAGAACCGUCGACGGACCAGAGCGCCCUCUCUUGCUUUCUCAUGUUUUCAUUCCGAGAGGUUUACACAAUAUCGAUCGAUUGAUGGGUGGAUUACUGGGCGGUUGAGCAUGCCUGGUUAGUGACCGACUCUGAAAGGAGGGCCUCAGAGGGAAAAAAACCAUGGAUGGGCAAUACUUGUGCUCGCACAAGUAUUGCGGGGAGUUGACCUUUGCAAAAUCUUGUGAUUUCCACAUUUGUGUGCUUUUGGGAGAGGGUAUGAGUCCAGCUAGACAUUGAGGCACUUUGAGGGUAAUGGGUAUCAUAAGCCUACGGCGCCUAGGUCUUGUCAAGGCUCAAGCUCAAGUAGAAGAAGAAGAAAAAGAAGAAGAAGCAGCCGUGAGAGUGUGGAGUGAGAGUCUCAGGGUGGCUUCGGGAUCUUCACGAGGUCUUCACAAGGGCUCGGAGCUGGAGGGAGACUUUGUAUAUUUGAAAUUCAUUGUGACAACAGGUGAUUUUUCCCUUUUUUUUUUU